AUGGCAGAAAAGUCUAUGACUGUCAUCAUGGUAUUGACAGAAACAAGGCUGAUAAAAGGCGAUAUCUUGAAAAGAUGCAGAAAUCAAUCUACUCUGUUGCAGGACACUGGUGAUCAUUUUUCAUUUAAAAAGCGAAGAUUUCUGGUUCAAAAUACUAAAAAGUUUGGCUGCCCUGCCCAAGUUAUCAUGCGUGAAGUGAUGCAAUUCCCAGGCUAUAAGGUAGUUUUGAUACUAGUCAUGAUGAACAAUAUAGAUAAAAAUACAGAGAGAGGGAAGAGAUCAGUAUCUGAGAAGCUGAGAAAGGAUAUCGAGAAAGGGUGUGCUAAAGGAGAAACAAGAAUUUAUAUAGAAUUCCCCAAAAUGACUGACCAUCAGGGUCAUCCCACUGGUGAAGCAAGUGGUAUCCUGCAACAGAUUGAUCCAAGACUUAUAAACAAAAUCCAGAAGCUUGCUACCUCUGAGGGCAAAACAAGUGUGAAUGAGAUGAAAAGACACCUCAAUACCUUUGUAAGACAUGAGCUUUGUCAGGAAGAUGACACACCAUCAAUUCUAAACAGGCGCUUCUUUCCAUCUAAGACAACAAUUAAGAACCAUAUGUAUAGAGCAUUCAUAAAGGAGCAACUAUCCAAUAUUGACCAAAAAAAUCUAGAAGAAAAAAUUGAAAUUUGGCAAAAAGAAAGUGCAAAUGACAAAUUCAAAUUCAGACCAUACGUGGAAGAAGAAGAGAAAGAUCCAACUACAGCAUGUGAUGGUCUAGAGGAUGAUGUUGCCGAUAAUGUCAAAAUAGAUCUUGGAAAGAGAGGUCUACUUUUUGUCCACCAAACAAAAUGGCAACAAGAGCUGAUGCUCCGCUAUGGCAAUGAACUGACAUUGUUGGAUGCUACCUACAARACAACUAAAUAUGCCUUACCUUUGUACUUUGUUGUGGUUAAAACCAACAUUGAUUACCAAGUUGUUGGUUCCUUUGUCAUACAAAGUGAGACAUCAGAGGCAAUAAAGGAGGCAUUAGGCAUUUUGAGAGACUGGUCAAACAACAAAUGGAGUCCACUCUAUUUCAUGGUGGAUUGUGCUGAAGAAGAAAUAACAGCAAUUCAAGAAAUUUUCAACAACUGCCAAGUAUACAUCUGUGAUUUCCAUAGAGAGCAGGCCUGGGAAAGAUGGCUUUCAAAAGGAACAAAUGGACUCACAGAAAAAAAGGACUUACUUCUUGCAAAGCUUAGAGCAAUUGCCAGAUCAAGGACAGAACAAGAAUGCAAUGUAGCAGUGGACAACCUGAAAUCUACUCCAGAGUGGAAGACAAGUAAAAACCUGAAAAACUGGAUUGAAAACACAUGGUUAAGACAGAAAAAGAGGUGGGUCUGGGCAUACAGAAAGGAAAGACUUCUUGUCAAUAUAAAUACAAAUAAUGGAGUGGAGCGUCAAAACAAAACCUUCAAAUAUGACUACCUUGUUGGAAAGCUGAAACCCACACUUAGUCGAAUGAUAACUGUCCUCGUAGAAGAUUUCCUUCCAGACAAAUUUAACAGAUAUGUAGAGGGAAACUGCAGGCUUUCUAGUAGUUUCAAAGAAUACAACAGAGCCAUUCCUGAAUACCUGCACAACAGACCAACAUAUGUGGUUAAACACUGUCAAGAUAGGAUGACUUCUGCACAAGAUUUCACAAUGGCUGAUAUCCAGGUAUUAGAGCAGCAGAACAACACAUGCUUCUUCAAAGUAAAGAGCCAUCCUCAUGUUUAUGAAGUGCAGUUUGGCAAUAGUGAGUCUCUGCCAAGUUGUCAAUGCCUUGACUGGGAAAAAACAAGACUUCCUUACAAACACUUUUUUGCAAUCUUCAAGUGUAUUCCAAAAUGGAACUUCAGUGAUCUUCCAGAACAUUACAGACAUUCUCCAUUUCUAACCCUUGAUGAGAAUGUUAUGUUUGGCACCAGUACUACCCAUACUUAUAAGCCACGACUUGAUGAAGACUCAGUCUCAAGUCAUGACAUUAACUCUGCUUCCCCUUCUGAACAACCAGCUGAACUACAACAACAGUCAAAACCUUUACAUUAUAAAGACAUUCCUCAACGUAAAAAGUUUUUCAAGACUGCUGCAACAAAGUGCUUCUUCUCCCAAGUCAAACAACCUGAUACUGGAGACUACAGGAAGUACUGGCACUGA